AAUCCUCCCCCGAGGGGCCACGGCAACGCACAUCUUUCCGCAUACAUACAUAUAGGCAACGCCAAUCUUAAGGCAUGACCCCGGAUUAAGCAUGAAGACCCUGGACGUGUAGCGUCAUGUCCGUGCAGCCGUACAUAGUCGAGGAUUUAAUGAGGUAUACUUGCUCAUGUCGUAGCCACGUCAUUAGUGAGGAGUCCGAUUGUAGGAUCUCCCAGGAAGUUCAUGAUGCGUGGUGACACUGUUUUUUUUUUUUUUUCCGAACGAGAAUGGUCUACUCGAGCGCCCUCAGAGGGUAUAAAGUCGAGCUACAGGUCGCUCCAAAGAAAGGUUCUUGGCUCGUCAGUCUACAGUUCAUCAUACACACUUUGCUUAUACACUUCUAUUCCUAAAGAGCUGGUCUCUUUGUACUUUUCUCCUUCUCAUCCACCACAUCGCACAACAACACAGUUUUCUCAUCUUCACAUUCCGACCCACCUAUUCAAGAUGCUCUUCUCCACAAAGACAGCUAUUGCCAUUGUCGCCGUGCUGGCACGCGCGACAACCAGCGCCGCGGACGUGGUCGACGACGCCUUGGCCAGCCGCAGCACCGGCCGCAGCACCGGCUGCGGCUGCCCUGAGGGCACGGUGUGCUACACCUACACUAUCCCCGGCUUCGGUGUCCCCGAGGUCGCCGCGCCAGGCUGCAAGCCCGCCAACAAGAAGCGGCAGGAUAGUUGCGGCGGAUGUAGGGAGGGGUUCGAGUGCGACGACUACGCCAUCGGGUCCAGUUCUCCCAUGUGCGUCCCGAGCAGCGUGAAGCGCCAGGUGGACGUUGCGCGUGAAAUGCGCCAGCUCCGCGCCGUCGCCGAAGACGUCCACAAGCGCCAGACGGUUGAUCAGUGCGGAGGCUGCGCCGAGGGUCAAGAGUGUGUCACGGUCAUAGUCCCCGGCGGCCCUAAGAUCGGGACGGGCAUGAUUUUGGAGCAUCGUUGCGGUACGCCCGAGGAGGCACAACUGAGGAAGCGCCAGCUCCAGGCUAUCAGCGCCGAUAUUUAAACCCGCCAGUUCCCGACUUGGGGCUGGGCGUUUGACGCGCAGGCGGCGGAGUGCGGUGGGUGCCCCGAGGGCCAGAGAUGCGUUGGUCAGGUGCCAAGUACCGUCCCCGGAAUACCCAUGGGCUUGCCGAACUACAACUAUCACUGCGAAGCUUGAGCGUAAAGACGAGGUCAUGCCGGUCUAGAGCAAGUACAUGUACAUUUGGGACGAUUGACUAGCGACGUUCAUCAGCAAUCUUGAAUGGAGUUGAGGUUUCAGCUUUAUCUAUAAAAGAUGUUGAUGUUGGUGAUAAUCAGCGAGGCGGAGAGCUGCGGAGUGUAUUCUAACACGCAGAGAGAUUGCUGUGUGGCACGCUGACAUGAUCACGGACUUGACAUAUCCUAACUGAAAGCUGGCCUUGUAUAUGUCGAAUAUCAAGCUUUGA